AUGGAGGGAGGCCUCCGCCAGCUGCAGCUGUUGCAUUGCUCCGGUGAGCAGAUGGUGUCAGAGGAGCUCUGUGGAAUCCCGAGCUCUGCAGGGACAGGGAAGGAGGGCCAACCCAGAGAAUACUACACUUUGGAUUCUAUCUUGUUCCUGCUCAAUAAUGUGCACCUUUCACAUCCUGUUUAUGUCCGCCGUGCUGCAACUGAAAACAUUCCUGUGGUAAGAAGACCUGAUAGGAAAGACUUGCUUGCAUACCUAAAUGGGGAAACAUCAACCUCCUCAAGUAUAGACAGAAGUGCUCCACUUGAAAUUGGUCUUCAACGGUCCACUCAAGUUAAAAGAGCAGCAGAUGAAAUAUUAGCAGAAGCAAAGAAACCAAGAAUAGAGGAUGAAGAGUGUGUGCGCCUUGACAAGGAGCGGUUGGCAGCUCGGUUGGAAGGACAUAAAGAAGGUAUCGUGCAAACGGAGCAGAUCAGGUCCUUGUCUGAAGCCAUGUCAGUGGAAAAAAUUGCUGCUAUCAAAGCAAAAAUCAUGGCAAAGAAAAGAUCCACUAUCAAAACUGAUCUGGAUGAUGACAUAACUGCUCUUAAACAGAGAAGUUUUGUUGAUGCUGAAGUGGAUGUAACCAGAGAUAUUGUCAGCAGGGAGAGAGUAUGGAGGACAAGAACUACAAUCUUACAAAGCACAGGCAAGAACUUUGCCAAGAAUAUUUUUGCGAUUCUUCAAUCAGUAAAAGCCAGAGAAGAAGGUCGAGCACCUGAGCAAAGACCUGCACCAAAUACUGCACCAACGGAUCCCACUUUACGAAAUAAGCAACCUAUUCCAGCUGCCUACAACAGAUACGAUCAGGAAAGAUUCAAAGGCAAAGAGGAAACGGAAGGCUUUAAAAUUGAUACCAUGGGCACCUAUCAUGGAAUGACUCUGAAGUCUGUAACGGUAAGCUAAAAGUCUUUUCUUAAAUAUGUUUUAUAGAAGUGAUCAUGUACUUAGAUAUCUAUCUAUCUUGUCAGCCUGGCCUAGGCUCUGGAAGGUCACUUUGGUUGACUAGCAGAAUUGAUGAAAGUUCUUCUCUGUGAAAAGAUAAAACAUGUUUUGAUUUGGUCUGCACAUUUUAGAGAUCUUUGCUGAAGGGAUUUGUCUGCAGUAAAAAGGUGUGCUGGGAAGGCUUCGCUGGCAGGUUCUUCUUGUGGAGGUGCAGCCUUUUUGUGUUCGACUAGAAGAUACCCAGAUUUUUGCUAGCCUUAUGUAUGUCUAUGAAGCACAUCUUUCAUAAUUGUAAGUGAUAAAACUAUACUCACAAAACUGAAGUAAUAAAACUAGGUUUUGGAGUAUCGCUCUGUUUCCUGCUCUGCGUUUAAUAAUAAAUUUGUUUAGUGGUGGAAGAAGUUGACCUCUGCAUUACUGUUGAAGCUUUCUAGCCUAGUGAGAUGGACUUCUUUGUAUGACUUUACAAUGCUGUCAGUGGGAAUUGCUACAUACAGAUAAGAAAGAGACACCCUCAAACAGAUUUCUUUUUUUUUUUUUUGGCCAAUAUUUGUCUGCUUUUUGAAUGCUCUCAAACAAAUGCUGUUUUGAUCUGCUAGUAAGCAGGACAGAUGCUACAAAACUAAUGUAGAGCCCUCAUUAAGGUUUUUGCCAUCUGCAUACCUAUAUGAAUCUGAUGAAUAGACAGCACUAAACACUCUCCUAAAUCCAUGCGCUACUUCUAGUUUGCACUCCUAAUUUUAACAUAAAAUAAUAUCUUGAAUGUAAAUCUCUUAAAAACAUUUAGAGUUUUUUCUUGUUUGAUAAAAGUUCUUGCCCAAGUCUUUCAUUCUCAACCUCCUCUGUACUUAAAAUACUUAAAAAAAAAAUAUGGAAGGGAGUAUUUUAAGGAAGGAAUCUACUUAGUUCUAUACAGUGUUGUUUCUAGAUUAAUUCAGAAAUUGAUUGGGUGAAGGAAGAAAAUAACCCAUUAUGUCCAAAGAUUUGUUCUACAACCUUGCAUGAAUUUAGGGCUGCUUUAUGAGGGAUCAGUGUUGUUAUACCAAACCUAGGUUUCUAUGGUAUAGUGUAUCUGUUUCAAGUGGUGAUGACUUGAAAUGACUUAGUAAAUAACUUAGUAAAUAGGUUCUGUUUAAAUUGUCCUGUGGGG